GCAAUAAAUAAAAACUUGUAUGGUAAAACCCCGAAUCUGAUUGGCUGGCAGUAACUCAUUAUCAUAAUAUAUGUAAGCUACGGUGGAAUGAAUGCAGUACCCACACCGAGUAAACAUGGCGCACUCUGAUGCAACCAAGAAAAAGAUACUUGUAAGUAUACCAGUUGAAGAUAGACAGUUGGAUGGAGUCAUCAAUGUCCCAUGCUCAAGCUCUUGGGCCGGAUGUGCUGUAGUAUUGACACAUGGUGCUGGAGGAGACAUGAAUUUUCAUCAUCUGGAAAGGAUUGCUUGUCGUCUGGCUCACUCAGGGAUUCUUUGCCUUAGAUUUACAUGUAAAACACCUAAUUUCAAGUACAGAAUCCGUUGUUUUGAAGCUGUCCUGCACUUUCUUCGUGGACAUGACGAUUUUGCCAUCGCGAAAUGUAUUAUUGCAGGACGAUCGAUGGGUGCAAGAGUUGCUGCAGAACUAGCUACAAUCAGUAAUCUUACAAAUCAAUUCAUAUUUGGUGUUGCUUGCCUUUCUUAUCCACUUCACCCUCCACGAAAAUUUUCUGAGCUUCGUACGUCAUCUCUUAUUCACCUUGGGAUACCUGUGUUAUUUGUUAGUGGAACAAAAGACCAUCAGUGCCACAAGGACCUGAUGGAUAGUGUAUUGGACAAAAUGGGAACAGACUGGAAAAUGCACUGGGUUGAAAAAGCUGACCAUUCUCUUAACAUUAAUAACAAACCAAAUAAUGAAUUAAUAGACAUGAUGUGCGAGUGGGUUGUCACAUGGUGUCAAUCAGUAUUCAUGGCUGAACGGUAGUACCUUCAGUACUCUGUUAUUAUUAUACAUGU